AUGACGAACGUCUCUCACUCUCAUACUACGACCGAGACCGAGCCAUACGUACCCUCUGAUGCUGAAGACAUGCUAUACGUAGCAAUCUCAGAGUUGGCCCCGGUCUUCGCCCAGCAAGCAUCAUCGUCACAGACUACACCGAGGUCAGCAGCCCGCUAUCGUCAGGUUCACCUUAGCUUCGCAAGUCCGCCACCAGAGUCACGAAAACGCGCACGAAGCGUACCGCCUCCACCCACGGCCGAGGAGCUGGAGGCGCAGGACAAGGCUAUCGCGGAGGAUGUAGAAGUACCCCCGGACACCGAGAUCCCUGCUGCUGAGAAGGGUAUGGCACGUCGCUUCAACACGUCGUGGAAGCAGACGUACUCGUGGCUGAGCCUGAAGUACAACAAAGAAGAGCGCCUAUAUGGUAUGGAGUGUUCCGUGUGCUGUAAGUUCGCUCCUAACACCAAGUCUCCCUUUGGAGGUGCUGGCGUCGGUACAAGGGAUUUUCAGAAGUCGGCGUGCCGCAACCAUGGCCAGUCCAAGGUGCACCUCGCGGCCAUGGAAGCAGAACGACUCGCUGCUGGCACGGAGGUGAGGCAGCGCAGCCUCUUGAACAUGCUUAGCGGCGAUCCAGUCAUGGCGAGGGUCGUCAAAUGCAUGCAAGCAGCUCAAUACGCCUUCGGCGAGUUCGUAGAGGCUAUGGCGGAGCAUCUGGUGACCAGGCAGCUCGUGGACGUCAAAGAGUCGGCCUGGUACAGCCUCUCCUUCGACGAAUCCACGGAUCGCGCCCGCGGAAAGCAUCUCAUCAUGUAUGUCACGUUCGAGAGAGCGGAGGCCGUGGUGUCCCAGUUCCUUGCGCUCCUGUCGCUCGAGCGUUGCGACGCCGCUGCACUGUACGACACGAUCGUGAAGUGCCUGUGGUCGAAGGACAUGUCGAUGGACAAGCUUGUCGGGGUUUCAACGGAUGGUGCAUCCGUCAUGACUGGCAAGAAGAACGGCGUUGUCGCCCUGCUUCGGAAACGUUGCCCGUGGCUGGUGGCGGUUCACUGCGUGGCGCAUCGCGAGGCAUUGGCUGCAAAGGAUGCCGCGAAGAGCUUCAAGGAGUUCAACGUCAUCGAUAAGAUGAUACGCCAGACUGCCGAGCUGCUGGUUCUAAUGAUUUCCCGCUCCAUUUGCUUUCAGGUCGACAUCACAGAGGUGAAGAAUCAUGUCGACAAACUGGAGCUCAAGGGAGUGGACGAGAACGGCAAAGCUGCAAAAGAGGAGAUCGAGCUCCACGAGGACAUCAUUGACCCUGAAAACCCUGGGGGGGGAUGCGACUUGGAGGCUUGCGAGGACCUGGCGCGGCGUUUCGCACAGCGCCUGAUUAAGGCGCUGGGGAAGAGGAUGGCGGACCUGCGCCAUUUCGAUGGUGUGGGGUUUUUCACCCCUGAUAAGUAUCCCUUCCGUGCAGGAGAGCAGGACGCAUGGUUGAAGCUCCAUCUCACCGAGCUUCUGGACAUGUUCAAGAACCAGUGGUGUCGCUCUUGCUGA